UAGAAAAUUGGAUAGAACAAGAGAGUGAAAACUGAAGAAUCAAAGAUUGAAGCUUUCCGCAGGGAUUUUGUUUGAUCUUCUGGGAACAGAGAGAGAGUAGUUUUGGGGACAGUGGGCGUCACAGUGGUGUGGCGAAGCAAACAAAUAGCGGAAGCGAUGCCAUUGACAGCCCGAUUCACUCUUCCCGGGCACUGUACCGAAGAACCAUAUUCCAAUUCUGGCAGACCACGUCCCAAUACGAAGACCCACUCCAGAGAUUCACCUCUUUAAUACCCUCUGCCUUCUCCCGCUUCAUUUCUGCAAUCGGAACGCAUCAAUGGCUGACGACGAAUCGCAAUCUCAACCUCCCCUCGAAGCCGAUUCUUCUGCUCCUCCGCCACUGCCGCCCCCGCCUCCCUUUGAUCCCAGUCGAAUGAUUGGUAUCAUCAAACGGAAAGCCUUGGUAAAAGAGCUAGCUGCAGCAUAUCACGCUGAGUGUCUUCUGUACUGCCAAGAGCUUCUUGAGCUUCAAAGAAAGUGGGACGAGCCAUAUAUUGAAUUAAAAGUACCUGAGGAUCCAAGAAAGGAGACAAUGAAGCCUAGCAAACGUCAGAAGAAAGCCCGCUAGGUAAUAAAUACAUUCGAUACUGCUUACCCGACUUCGCCAUCUGAUGAUUCAUCCGUUCUGCAAAGGAAACUCAUGGCACAAAGAUGAUGAUCUAAGUAUUGAUAGUCUGAUGCUCCAUGGAGCCAACAAUCUGUACACUCAGUUAUGAAAACAAUGAUGUAUAUGAAAUAUUUGUGUGCUUUGUAUACUCAAUUUGCCAACAGAGUGUCUUUGUUCACAACCUUUGAAUUAUAAGCUUCGUUUCCCCUUUUUU